CAACAGCGGCCUGCGCCGGAAGCCCAGCCCCGUCGCCAUGGCGACGCGUCGGCGCCCGUUGCGUCUGGGAGUCGGUUGAGCGGGGGCGGGGGCUGUGGUCUGGGCACCAUAAUGGACCCCGAGCAGCUCGUCCAGUGCCCCUAUGAUAAAAGCCACCAGAUAAGGGCGGCCAGGCUGCCGUACCACCUGGUGAAGUGCGAGAAGAACAACCCGGGGGUGGCCCGCAGACUGGCCACCUGCCCCUUCAACGCCAGGCACAGGGUGCCCCACGCCACCUUCCAGCACCACAUCGCCUCCUGCCCCGACAAGCGCCAGCUCGACCUCCCCCUCGGGACGGACCCACCGCUCAGCAGCACAACAGUGCACAAUGAGACCCCCAAAGCUUGGCAGGGACUCCCGUGCCAGGAGGACUGGGAGGCUGAGCUGCAGGACCUGGAGGAGCAGCCGCCGUUCAUCCUCAGAGCCGGGGCGAACAACCUGCUGCUCCCAUCCGACAGCUCUGCCCCAGCAGCACUCACAAAGCAAAGCCAUGAUGAGGAAGCCGCAGGACACAGGGCACACGAGGGACAAGUGACAGUGGCAGCGGGACAAGGACGGUGCCUGACGCUGCCCCAGGAUUUGGGGGUCCACGGUGCCAGGGGGGCUGUGCCCCUUCGGCCGCUGCUGGGGGGUGUAGUCCCCCCCACGCGUUUUAAAUAGAUUUUAUGCUGAAAACUUUAAAUGUCAUUUUAGUAAAGUAUUUUGCAUUUAAAA